GGCUACAAGUGCCACGACUGGCGAUCCGGCGACUUUCGCGAGCUGCGACGCAAGGACGAGCUUACGGGGAGCAAGCCGCACUGGGCAGCCGAGGCAGGAGGAAAGCUGCCUUUUCAUUUGAGGGAUCCUGUCACAGAAAUGUGUGAGUGUCCUUGGAUAAAUUUGGCUUGGUGACGGCAAUGCUUUCUUCAGAGACACUCCCACUUCCUCCGUGCGCUUUUUCUACCCUGACCUAAGUCUUUUAGUGUUAAUGCCUGAGAAGAGUUAGAGGACUGUCCCUUUUAUACUUUCCUGCCUUUAGGUAUCCUCUCCUUUUACCCUUUAGGAGGAUCUGGCUGAGGUACCUACAACAGUGACUGCUGAGGAGAUGGGGUCCUUGGGAGGAGCUCUUCUGGCAGUGCAGCCUUAGCUGCUGUUGGGUUCUUAUCUUUAUAGCUGUUGGCAGAAUUUCUGGAAACACUAGGGGAUGUUUGCCUAGCUCCAAUGGAGCUCCACUAUCUUGCUAAGGGCAGCCAGAUAGCUCUGUGUGAUGCUGUUGAUUGGAGUUCUCGAGGGCCUCCUGGUGACCAGGCAGAUGCAGCAGCCACCAAAGCUGCUCUCUGCUGCCAGAGACACUGUGCCUCCACACCAAGAGCAGCUGAGCUAGAAGGGUCUAAACUUAGCCCUGCUCCAGCAUCCCCCACCUCCUCUCUGCAAGAUUGUGUUAUUCAGCCAGACUCCUUCCCAUCAGGACCUCUCAACUCAGGGAACAACCAAAUGACAGCAGAGCGCAAAGUCUGCAACUGCUGUAGCCAGGAAUUAGAAACUUCUUUUACACAUGUGGAUGAGAAUGUCAACUUGGAGCAGAGGAACCAUAGCUCCCCUUCAUCAAAAGGGAGUAAUCAUCUAGGAGACCUCGGUUGGAGAAAUUCAAAUGAGUGGUCGCAUGAGGCUGCCAUAUCCCUGAUAUCUGAGGAUGAAGAUGAUACAAGUUCAGAAGCCACAUCUUCAGGGAAGUCAGUGGACUAUGGUUUCAUCAGUGCCAUCUUGUUCUUGGUCACUGGCAUCUUGCUGGUGAUCAUCUCAUACAUUGUCCCACGGGAAGUGACUGUGGAUCCCAACACAGUGGCAGCCCGUGAGAUGGAACGCCUGGAGAAGGAGAGUGCAAGGCUAGGGGCUCACUUGGACCGCUGUGUGAUUGCAGGGCUCUGCCUCCUCACUCUUGGGGGGGUGGUUCUGUCCUGUUUGCUAAUGAUGUCUAUGUGGAAGGGGGAACUCUAUCGUCGCAACAGGUUUGCCUCUUCCAAAGAGUCUGCAAAACUCUAUGGUUCUUUCAACUUCAGGAUGAAAACCGGUGCGAAUGAGAAUACUCUGGAACUGUCCUUAGUAGAAGAAGAUGCUCUUGCUGUACAGAGUUAAUUUUGGUUAUGAACUUCUUGGAAUCAGCCCUUGCAUUUUAUAUGAAACAAAACCAAACAUAUUUCUUAAAGUUAACAGUAUAGUUGAUUUCCCUGACGAAAAAAAGUUUAUAUCCCAAAUCAAUGGCCAAUGUUUUUGUUCUCUAUUGUAUUUUUUUAUUUAGAAGAAGUGCUUUGAGAAACCAAAUUUGGCUAUCCUUCUACAGACCUGAGACUGGUCAUAAUGGCCAUCAGUAUUGACUUAACAAAAUGUUUCUAGUGACCUACUGUACAAAUGACUUCUUUUAUAAGAUGUGGGAUAUUAUUCUUUGGCUAUACCAGGUGUUCUAAACACAUAAGAAUCAAUUAGGUUAUCUGUUUUGUGAAAAAGAACUUAAGCAGUAAUCACAUAAUAAGGCUCACAUUUAAUCCUCAAAGGUGCUUACCCAAUUUCUUGCUAAAUUUUUUCUUCCUAUAAUUUGACUAAAUACUAAAUAUGUACAUUUUUGAUUUUGAAUAUUUGAAGCUGGAGAUAUUUGUUAUUUAAAAAAAACUGUAAAAACACAUGUUAUCUUUAAAAUUAUUCCUGUACUCAGAAGUGUUAGCUAAAUCACUAGAAUAAAUGUUCUUGUAAGUGAAAAUUAUAUCAGUCAUUAUAAGAUCAAUCUAAAUUUAACCCAGAGUGGUAAUGCCAGAAAUUAGUGUUGCAUGCCCAUUUUCUAGAUGAAGUAAAUUAUUAACAUAAUUUGUUUGUUUGUUUGUGGUUUAGCCAUCAUACUGAUUACCAGCACUCUUGAGGUCUUUCUCAUACCAGAGAAUCAAUGAUAGACAUCUUUAAUCUAUUUCUAGACAUCUUAGUAUUGAGACAGGUCUCAGUCAUGACUGGCUCAGAGAAGCUCCCAGGUGACAUUUUGUUGUUUGGAGAAGCCCUCCUAUACAUUUGCAGCUAUACGCUUGGGAUGGUGUCACAAAGUCAGUAAUGCCACUUGUUCUGAAUCAAGCAACAGGUUAUGACCCCAGAAGGACAGCAGACCACAACCCCAAUCCAAAAAAAAAUGAACCUAGAAAGAGAGAGUAAGGAAGGCAAACUCAUUGAAUUAGUGGGAACUGCACUCAUCACUGAAAUUCACCUGCUGUAACAAUGCAUUACAGAAGCUCCAGGCAUUAUUCUGAGUGUCUUAUAAAUCUGGGCCCUCAGUAACUGUGUCUUCUUGCCCCAUGAAGUUUAAACUCUUAUUCUAGAAGGAUGAUGGCAAAGUGGUCACAUAUUUGCAACAACACUGUCCUUACUAAGAUGCUGUCUCUAUAUGAUAAUGGUUCAGGAUGGGGGUGCAGAAAAACAGCCUAAAAGCAUUGCAUUUUGCAACUAUCCUGUGAUGGGUUCCAGUCUCCUGCUGCAAGUUGUUUUAGCUUCCUUUUAUUGGGCUCACCCAGAUCAUUCUGAAAGAAAACUGGAGCUGAAUUGGGGUGAGCAAGUGAUGUUUUUGUAAGCUCUAAGGCAAAUUCUAAUGUUGGAGGUUUCAUUGUGAACUGAAGAACAGGAAUAAAAGGUGACUGGCUAGCAGAGUGUGCAGUCAGGAUAGCUCUGUGAAUGAGCCCUGAGGGUGUCAGAUCUAUUUGGUGCACUAGGCAUACUGUGUGUUCCUAAGAGUUAAGGUGAAAAGCAAAAAGGAGGCUAGAAGAUAGUAAAAAUUGAGAAGACAAGUGUAUAAAAGAAUUAUUAAGGUAAAAGCAAGACAUGAUAUUGACAUCAGAAGACACUUGCCCUAUAGAACAGACUUACUGAUUCUCAAUAAGAUUUUGGGUAUUAUAAACAUAAACAUGACUUUUGCCUUCUCUUGCUACUUCUUUGAGCUUUUUGAGCAAAGAUUUUGUUGUAUUUUGACACUGUCAUGGCUUAUGUUGAGACCAACUUACCAGUAAUAUAGAUCUCACAUUUUGAAAGUUUAUAAAUUCCCAGGUUGCAAUGUGUUUGAGGAUCCAAUUUGGAUGAUGUUUAGGCAAUGAGGAAUGAUCUACCUCUUGGUUGAAUGAAUAGGUCUGAAGUAUGUAUUUUAAAAACAAUCAAAUAAACAUCUUUAUUCAUAGAAGCCAAGUGGCAUCAGCUGAGUUUGUUUUUAUUGAUUGAUGAAACAGGAUUAAAUAGUCAAAUCAUAGAUUCAACUGAAUUAAUGUGCAACCCAAUUUUUAGGCAAAUUUGGGAAUCAAGGGUUAGAAUGAUUUUCUGUAAAACUGAUGAUAAAAAAGUGAAAGCUUUUUAGCUUUUCAUUUGGAUGCACUUAAUAAAUCUCUCAGUGCUACCAAGUUAUACACAGCUGUGAUGUGAUCUAAAGGAUAUAUAUACACAUAUACAUAUAUGUGUGUGUGUGUGUAUCAGUUAGGAAAAAAUAUUCAGGGAAAAAAAGACUUAGGUCAAAAUAUAUUACUUUCUUUAGGCUUUCAGGUUGAAAUGUAGUAAAUCAAUGCUCAUUUCAAAGUUACUUAAAUUUAUCCAUAUAUUUGGGCACAUCUCUUAUGGUUCUGUGUGUGGAAGAGCCACUACUCCACCAAAUGGAAUCCCUGCAAAACUCAUCUGGAAGCCUCCUUUUGUGCUGUGUUGACAUAAUUCAGAAAACUGCCUUAAUCAAUUUUCCCCAGGAAAGUUGUGUAGUCUUAGCCCAUCCUGUCAGUGCCAAAUUUAAGAUGAAGAUGAAGAUCACUUGAAUUUAAAGUGAUGGUAACACAGGGAAAGAAAACUUCUCAACUUCAAGCACUGUGGUUUCCAGUCUGAUAAAGACGUUUUGGAUCUAACUGUUCAUUUGGAAGUACUUUGGCAAGACCAGGUCAUAAACAUUACAGAUUUUGCACUGAUGAUAGCCUUGCAGGCCUUGACUCCCUCAUGGAGAUUUGUGCGCCUCUAGCUAGAUCUCUGACAUGAUGCUGGUUGUUACCAGAGAGUAUAUAGGGCUGGCUCUGGAGAAGCAAAAAAAUCUUUCUUUCAGAGUCUCAUAGUUUAGGUUCUUCACCUUAUUCACUAGGUUUUAGAAAACUAAAGUCAGUCACCUUCCUAAUCUGGAGAGAAGGCGGCUUAUUGUUCAACAGAGUGGUCCAAAGGGAUGAGUACCAGAAAGAACGCUGCUUUCUCUAUUUUUUUAUUGGGACUUAUGUGCUGCUAGUGGAUACUUUAAUCUUGAUGACUUCUGUAAUUAAACAGUUCCUUUUUAGGGCAUCUUAAACUGCUUCAGAUCAAGUUAAAGACACAACUUUGCCAGGAUGUAUGUUCUUCUAACUAAUCGGAGUUACUACAGCUGGCCAUGUAUUAUGAUGUACCGGCUCCCCAUGAGAAGGAUGUCUUUUCUCCCAGCACCCCAUUUCCUAGUUGACAUAUAGUUUAUAGGCGCACAGGACUGCAUCCAACCAUGUUUCUUGGUGGGUAUGGGCACUUUAGCCACACGACAGCUGUGCCAUUAGAUUCUGUACUAGCUACGAGUCUGCCCUGAUGCCAGGGUCACAUGCUUGGUUGUCUGCUUAAAAUGUCUGAGUUUAUCUGCUGUACUAUGUGAUUUCAGGGUCCAGUUGGGCUAGUGCUGGGACACAUCUUUCAAGGUACAAAUUUAGACAAAGAGAGACUGCCCCACCACAUUCAUUUCUGCCCUCCCUGUGCCUUCUAGGUAAAAAAAAAUAAAUGAAUGAACAUCAUGCUUGUUGAUACCAACAAUUAAGGAUAUAAACCCAAGUGGUUCUUUUUAUUGUUGUUGUUGUUACUUUGUGAUUAGCAACAACUGUAAGCAAGAUAAUUUGAACACUCAGCCUCACCUUUACAUGUGCAGUGAUAUAUACAUGCAAAUUUUUACUUGGACUAACUCUCUAAAGUGAAGGGAAAUUACUCUAUCCAUUUACAAGAAGAAGGCUUUUCAAUGUGAAGGUCAGACUUCAUUGGAACAAUUAACUGCUACCACAAAAAUGUGGUCUGACAAAAGAGAUUCACAGCCUUUACCAAGGGUUCACCUAUUCAGCAAGAUUUAAUACCACCAGUGACAAAAGAAUAAGACAGUUCCUCAUAGUUCUAUUUGUGAUUUAACCUUUCCCAGAAUUGAGCAUAACGAAUGACUCUGAUGAGAAUUAUAAUGAAGUUUCACUGGCUGUUCCCAUCAUAAAAGGGUUUGUAAGAAAGAAUUAGCAGAUUUUGUAGCAGCAUUUUAUGGUUCAUAGUAUUCUGUAAUAUUUUCUUCCAAUGUUUCUGAGCAUAAGCCUUGGGAAAUAAUUUGCCUGACUUGUGCGCUGACAUUGUAAAAAGUAAGAUGUUAUUUUAAAUACAUGAAAUUGAUUUAUAAAAAUCUAUGGUUUACACUUGUGUGUACCUGUAGUUUAUAGUUUGUGUGCAAGUUUAUGUACAUUCAAGUCUCUAUAUGUAUUAGGAGAAUAUUUUAUAAUUAUGGAACUGUAAUAUCCAAAGCUAUUGUUAAAAUUUCUGUAGGAAACUUGGCAUGCCUUAAUGUUGAUUUUAAGGACAAGAGAAGUCUUUCACAGGUUAUGAAUGAAGAAUUUGGACUCAAACUCAGAAUAAGGUACCAUAUAUAUAAAUCUGUUUUGGUUAUUCAUCCCACAAAUGUUUGUUGUUUUUGAUUGUCUCAUUUUUAGGCUCAUAAAAGUGUAGCAUAUUUAGACUUAUUUUACCAUGAACUAUUAUUUUAUUUCAGGGAAAUAUGGGAAGCAGAUAGUAUCUUCCUCUGCUCCAAUUUUAGUGACUCUCCUGUAUUUCAGGGAUAAUCUGAUUUCUUUUCCCACUGCCAUCUUCCUUUUCUUCAUUUUUUUAGUCAAGUUCUGAGCAUAGGUCAUACAAGAAAGCAAAGAUGGGUUACUGCUUUAGUAUAUGCAGAGUUUCUUUUGUGAUUCAGUGUGAUUUUAUUUUACUUUAAUAAGCAAGAAAAAUAAUUUGAUGUUGGUAUGUUUUUUGAAUACUAUAUAAAGGUAGUUAUUAAAGUUAUAAGCUUUUUCUUAGGGCAUUGGAUGCCUUAUAAAUUAAUAG